GCCUUAAUUGGAUUGUUCAAGGUUUGCAACCUUAUAGAAACCAUUGCCCAAGCGGGAACGCCCUAAGAGCUUUGAGGGAGAUGGGAGUUCCUCCCGAGACCAGUGUGCACAAAACCCUAAGCCCAACGCUAAACCAAGGCAAGACCACCUCCAUGAGAGAACCCUCAGAGUGUCAGAAGACACCAUGCUCAAAAAGCGAAGUUUUUGCAGGCUGUUCAUUUUCCGAACUUGGAUUAAACCCUGCCCUAUGCAACCAACUUCAGGAGAGGAUGGGAUUUGAGACUCCAACUCGCAUCCAAGCUCAAUCGAUUCCGACAAUUAUUUCAGGACGCCAUGUGCUUGUUAAUGCAGCGACUGGCACUGGCAAGACCAUUGCAUAUCUUGCGCCCAUAAUUCAUUCCUUAAUAACAUAUGAUCCAAAAGUAAAACGGUCUGAUGGAACCUUAGCGUUGGUUCUUGUGCCUACGCGUGAGUUAUGUAUGCAGGUAUAUGAGAUCCUUCAAAAGUUACUUCACCGUUUUCACUGGAUUGUUCCGGGGUACAUAAUGGGUGGUGAAAAUAGGUCAAAGGAGAAAGCUAGGUUGCGGAAAGGAAUAUCUAUCCUUGUUGCAACUCCAGGACGUCUUCUGGAUCACUUAAAACAUACAGCAUCUUUCUUGCACAACAAUCUGCGUUGGAUAAUUUUUGAUGAAGCAGAUAUGAUUCUGGAACUAGGGUUUGGGAAAGAAAUAGAAGAAAUACUCAACAUCUUGGGGUCCAGGCAGCCUGAGUUUGUUGGCUCUGACGACUUGCACAUGGGUCCUUCAGUAGAUCAAUAUCCGAAGCAGAAUUUGCUUUUAUCUGCAACUUUAAAUGAUAAAGUAAACCAUCUAGCUAAAAUUAGCUUAGAGAAUCCCGUUAUGAUUGGUCUCGAAGACAAGAAAAACAAAACUUGCAGUGACUCAUCAAUUACUCGUUUUGGAGAUUCAAAUAUCGAUGGAAUUGUAAAUAUCAAAGUACCAGCCACCUUAUUAGGAUCUUCACUGGAGCAAGAGUAUACUCUUCCAUCUCAAUUAGUUCAGAGAUAUGUUAAAGUUUCUGGUGGUUCACGGCUAGUGGUACUUCUGUCCAUUCUAAAAUCUUUAUUUGAAAGAGAAGUUUCCCAAAAGGUUGUAGUUUUCUUCUCAACUUGUGAUGCUGUGGACUUCCAUUAUUCACUCAUGAAUGAAUUCCGAUGGUCUUCUGAAUCUGAACUUUCAUUGUCUUCUGAAGAACAAAUUAAAAAGCAAAAGUUUAUCAAGUGCAAGAUUUUCAGGUUGCAUGGGAGUAUGGAACAGGAAGGCAGGAGGAUGUCAUUUCAAGGGUUCAGCUCUGAAAAAUCUGCUCUUCUCUUAUGCACCGAUGUUGCUUCUAGGGGCCUGGAUUUUCCCAAAGUUAAAUACAUCAUUCAGUAUGAUUCUCCAGGCGAUGCUACUGAAUAUGUGCACAGGGUUGGAAGAACCGCUCGACUGGGUGAAAAGGGAGAAGCACUAUUGUUUCUGCAACCAGUUGAACUGGAUUACUUGCAAGAGUUGCUGAAGCAUGGGGUGCCUUUGAAAGAGUUCCCCCUUCACCAGACUUUAAACAAGUUUGUGUCACAUGGUAUAAAGCAUCAUAACAAGAAGUUGCUGACACCAGAUACACAUCCUUGGGUAUCAACUCUUCAAAGGGCACUAGAGUCCUUCAUCUCAACAGAGCCAAAGAUGAAGCAGCUGGCUAAGGAUACAUUUUGGUCAUGGGUUCGUGCAUAUACUGCCCACCGUGGGGAGCUCAAGAGGAUUUUCAUGGUGAAGAAACUGCACUUGGGACAUGUUGCAAAGAGCUUUGCAUUGAAGGAGCAGCCAUCUUUGGUAGGAAAAUCAUUUCAACUGCAGGUCAAGAAGAGGAAAAGAGAUGAGAGGCAGAACAAGAAGCAUCCUCUGAAGAAGAGAAAGCGCGACACAAGGAAAUGAAAACCGUUGGCGAAAUCAUCACCUGGAUUGCUGGCUUUGUCAAGCUUCCUUCCCUUCAAUGUGUUUCUUUUCCCUAUUCCCUAGGUUGGUUUGUUGGUUAGGUAAAUUAAAAAACCUUGUUGAUUUCUUUUUGGGCAAAAUUUUGUUUUCGAGCCUGAUAUGUUCAAAAAUCUAGUAUGGGCUGCGGUAUUUGUAAAUAUUGAAAAAUGAGGUUAUAUUUGUAAUGUAUGCCAAUGUUGAGGCAAACAAUAGGUGACAUCUGCGGAAUUUUUGGGGUAAACAGAUCUGUUUGCCUACCACCUAUUUUUUCCUUAUCAGCCAGAUCUGGGUUUAUAUUGACCAGAUUAGUGAUCUGGCAAAGUGAAAGUAAAAAAAAAAUGAAUUAAAUGAUAUACAUUGUAUAGGAAACUGUUUGGUGACUCGGCCGAUUCACACUA